ACCUUUCAACCUUUUCACAUCAAAAACGAAAUCUCGCCUCUCUGAAGUUUCAUUCAUCGAGAAAACUCGCAACUUUUAGAGAAGAAGAAUGGCUCGUACAAAGCAAACCGCUAGGAAGUCAACCGGAGGCAAAGCUCCCAGGAAGCAGCUCGCCACCAAGGCGGCGAGGAAAUCUGCGCCGACGACCGGAGGAGUCAAGAAGCCACACCGUUACCGUCCAGGAACCGUCGCGCUUCGUGAGAUUAGAAAGUACCAGAAGAGCACGGAGCUUUUGAUCCGCAAGCUUCCGUUCCAGCGUCUCGUCCGUGAGAUCGCUCAAGACUUCAAGACGGAUCUGAGGUUCCAGAGCCACGCCGUGUUGGCUCUUCAAGAGGCGGCUGAGGCGUACCUUGUGGGUUUGUUCGAGGAUACCAAUCUCUGCGCGAUUCACGCGAAGAGGGUUACGAUCAUGCCCAAGGAUAUUCAGUUGGCCAGGAGGAUCCGUGGUGAACGUGCUUGAGAUGUUUCUCCCUGUUCAAUUUAGGUUACGAUGGUGUAUUGUUAUUACUAGUGUUCUUCGGAUUCUUUCCUUUAUGUUUUUUGCUUUUUCAAGUACAUUGUCUUAAACUUUCAACCUGCUCGUUUAAUCAAAACAAUGAUAUUAAUCUCUUA